UGACAGCUGUGCAUGUGCGGUCUGUCGUGUGAUUGAGUAAAGAGGCUAAGUAGCACAAGGCUAUCCGGUCGUGAUCAGUGCUGAAAUACCGUAUGCUUUUUAAAAUAACAUUGUAAUUCAUUCAUAUGUUUGAACUUCCUGGAUAGCAUUGGUAUUGAAUAUGGAACUAUUUGCAACAGCUGAUCAGGGGGGUUGCAUUUUGGACAUGUCCCAUCUGAAUCUGGAGAGUUUAAAUUUGGACACUGUCGGUGACGAACGGAGGAGAGUGACCCAACAACUCUACCUGUAUAACAACCGACUGACAGUGCUUCCCGCUUCGGUAUGUCUAUUCUCCAAACUGGAAGUUCUGGAUAUAAGCAACAAUGGAUUAACGGUUCUCUGUGAGGACAUUCAACGUUUGUCAAACCUCAAAACACUAAUAGCCAAGAACAACCGUUUGAACGAAUUUUCGUUCCCAAAGGAAUUUGGGUCCAUGCAGAUAGACACAUUGAACUUCAGUGGGAACAUAUUUGAAGAGGUGCCCAUUCAGUUUCUAAAACUGCAGCGAUUAAAAUAUCUGUCUCUUGGGGGUAACAGACUCAAAGCUAUCCCCGCAGAGAUAGAAAAUGUUACCAGUCUGGAGAUGCUUUAUUUGGGUGGGAACCUCAUCACCUCCAUCCCCCCAGAGCUGGCCAGCCUUCGCAGUCUCAGAUACUUGGUCCUUUGUGACAACCAGAUACAGAGUGUACCGCCCCAACUCACCAGACUCUACUCCCUGCGCUGCCUCAGUCUCCAUAACAACCUGCUCACCUACCUACCGCGGGAGAUCCUCAGCCUGGUGCACCUGCAGGAGCUCACUCGCGGCAACCCCCUGGUGGUCCGCUUCAUCAAGGAUAUGACUUACGGCCCUCCCUCCCUGUUGGAGCUGGCCGGACGGACCAUCAAGUCCCGCAACCUGCCCUACCACCCCAAUUACCUGCCUGGAAACCUGGUGCACUACCUGGACCUGGCCAGCAAGUGUCCCAACCCUAAAUGUACCGGUGUGUACUUUGACUCAUGUGUGAGGCACAUCAAGUUUGUGGACUUCUGCGGGAAGUAUCGGCUACCCUUCAUGCACUACCUGUGCUCCCCAGAAUGCACCUCUCCCUGCAGCUCCAACCCGCAGAGCGACGCUGAGUCGGAGGACGAGAAGGGCGUGUCGGCCGACAGGCUGCAGAGAGUGCUUCUGGGAUAGAAGGAAGUGGAAGGACCUUGAGUUCACUGAAACACAUACUGGAUGAUGGACAGUUUCCAUGACUCCCAACUGACCUGACUAACCCAACUUCUCCUGUACCAAACACGAUAAACACUGAGCUGUUCACUUACAAUAGAGUGCCACUUUCAACAUGAGAUGUAGGAUUCCUCAAGGACUGAUUGUAACGUAAAUUAACCACAGAUUAUUAUUUAUAUUUCGAGCCGUAGCGUUUUAAACAUCUAACUGAAGCUACUGAUUUUGUUGUAGAGCACUCAUCAAAUGUAUUUUUAUGUAGAUCCUCAGUUUGUAGUUUCUGUGUUAACAUGAAGGGAUGAAUGAAUUGUAUGUGAAAUUGAUUUUCUUUACAAUAUAGACUCAGAAACGCAGAAUGUGUUCCAUGCUUGUUUUAAAUCACCUCUCUCUUCUUAAGUUACCUGUCAAGUCCUCCUCUUGUUCACCAUCCAAAGGACACAGGGA